UAUCAGUAUCGAAUUUGCUUUCGACAGAAGUGAUCGUGUGCGGUGGAGUGUAGUGCGACCGUGAGAUCUUGAGCAUGUAAACAUUGCGAUUGUUAAUCAAGAUCAAGAUGGGUCCAGUAGGUUUUAAAUUGUUUUUAGGGUUAGCAAUUUGUAGUGUUUGUUCUGUUUGCAGUAUUGCGCUUCCGUUUGAAGGACUUUAUGACUUAGACAUCAUUCAUUAUAAUGAUUUUCAUGCAAGAUUCGAAGAAACAUCAGUAUCAUUCCCGACAUGCCGUUUCAACAACAACUCUUGCCUGGGCGGGUUCCCGCGGCUGUACCACGAGAUCCAGGUCUUGCUGGAGGAGAAACCAGACGCCGUACUGUUGAACGCUGGCGACAGCUUCCAGGGCACCUACUGGUAUACACUACUCAAGUGGAACAUCACCCAGGAGUUUAUGAAUCUCCUGCCUCAUGAUGCACAUGCCAUAGGCAACCAUGAAUUCGACGACGGACCAGAAGGCCUGGCCCCUUACCUCGCUGCUCUCCGGGCCCCCGUGCUGGCAGCCAACAUGGACACCAGCGACGAACCUUCCAUGCAAGGGCUGUACAAACCCCACAUAAUAGUGGAGAGAAAGGGACGGAAGAUUGGUAUCAUCGGGCUCAUUACCACUGACACUAAGCAACUGUCAUCACCAGGCAGAGUGAUCUUCACCGACCCCGGAGAAGCGACCCGGAGGGAAGUGCAGGCGCUUACUGAACAAGGGGUGGACAUCAUUAUUCUGUUAUCACAUUGCGGAUUGGAUGUUGAUAAAAAAUUAGCGAAAGACCACGGCGAGCAUAUAGAUAUAAUCAUUGGUGGCCACACUCAUUCGCUGUUGUGGAAUGGGCCUGCGCCCAGCGGCGAGGCUGUGGCGGGCUCGUAUCCUGUCUUCAUUGAGAAUACCGCUUCUGGGGACAAGGUGAUGAUAGUACAAGCAUCUGCCUUUUCGAAGUACAUGGGCAAUUUGACACUGUCCUUCGACUAUCUUGGACGAUUGAUCGAAUGGGACGGGGGUCCUAUCUUCCUAAACAGGUCUAUAGAUGAAGACCAGGAAAUUAAGUCAAAACUGGAGCCGUACGCGAAAAUGGUACACGAAGCGGAGAAUGUAAAAAUUGGAGAGUCGAGUGUGUACAUGAAUUCGGAUGACUGUGUGUUCGGAGAGUGUGUUUUGGGAGACGUGCUGGUUGAUGGAUUGAACGAAUUCGGGAAACUACAUAUAAAUUCAAGUCAUGAUUUUCUGUCAUUCAUGCAACGAGGAAACAUCAAAGCUUCUAUACGAAAUGGAAGUAUAACCUACGGCAUGAUGUUCGAGUUGUUACCCUACAACGAUAGGAUACAAACGUUUGAGAUAGAAGGAAAGUACAUCAGGGAAGCUUUGGAGAGGAGCGUCAGGAGUGCGUGGGCUUACCAUCCCUUCAAAGGGCCCUUGGUGCUGCAAGUCUCGGGUCUCCGCGUCAACUACGAUCUAUCGAAGCCGGAGGGCGAGCGCAUAACUUCAGUGGUCGUAGGUUCGAGUGCCAGUCCGCUUGGCGACGACACUCUUUAUCAAGUUACUAUACCUGCAUUUCUGUCUGAUGGUGGGGAUGGGUUUACUAUGUUCAAAGAAGGCAGGAGGAAUGUACAGGUGAUAGGUCGAGACCAGAAUGCUUUCCAGGAUUACCUUAAGAAGUAUUCUCCAUUGAACCCUAGUCUUGAUGGAAGAAUUAUUAUCACUAACGGAUAGACGGAAAAGCUGUUUUUUUUACAAUAUUUAAAAAAAAACUGCUCGCAUUAAAGUCAGAAAUAUGUUUUAUGGAGUUAUUAAACUGUACCAUCAAUAGCACUUUAAGAUAUUCAUAUUCACAGCAAUCUCGCCUCUAUUACCGCGGCAUACAGGUCCAUACAACUUGUUGAAUUUAUUAACGUAAAUAACUAAGUAAUGAAUUUUCUUUCAUUACCCUCUCUCAUUUUCCAUUUCCCUCUCUCAUUUUCCAUUUUUCCCAGUUCUUCCUCAGCCAUAUUGUUAAGGCCUGAGCACAGAGUUCGCUUUCCUACUUUUUCUACUCCACUUCGCUCAGCCUCUCUUUAAUACACUACACAUAUGCAAAACAAUAAUUUUUCUCUCAUAGGGUUUUCUCAUAUUUCUUCCCCAGCCGUUGAGCUUCGGAACCCAAGGAUCGCGAAAUCUUCUUCAGACCUCAUUGCAUGUAAUUGACACCUCCAUAAUAGCUCCUGCCAGUGCUAUACUAUCCUCAUAAAUGUAUGUUGAAAAUAUCUGUUGUUUUUUUAAGUGUCGAAUAUUUAAUAAACCAAAGUUACAUUUAAAAAA